AGCGACCAAGGACCUCACCAAGUGACUCCAGUGUCUGUCUGCCAUCCUGAUGAUACCUGCGAGACAGAAAUAAUGUCAAUUACGGGAUGUUUAAGACGUUUGGGAAGGCGCACUCGCCGUGUCGCCGAUGGCUCCUCGGAGAUUGGUCAAGGGGAUUUUACAUUACGAGCCGUGCUUCUAGGGUUACUCAUCGGAUGCCUGCUAUGCUUCACGAAUCUAUAUUUCGGCCUGCAGACCGGAUGGAUUAGCAUGAUGUCGCUGCAGUCCGCUCUCAUCGGAUUCCUGCUCUCGAAGUUCUUGCCCAAACCCAUCACGGCGCAGGAGAACGUCGUUCUGCAGACGACGGCGGUUGCGACCGGCACGAUGCCGCUCGCGGCAGGUUUUGUGGGCAUUCUGCCGGCUUUGGGACUGCUCGACGAGGAGCGCGAUGGUGUACCGCCAAUUCACCUCUCCUGGAUAGCUGCAGUGGGUUGGUCAUGCGCUGUUGCAUUCUUUGGGGUAUUCCUCUCGCCGCCGCUGCGAAAACAAGUCAUCAUCGAAGAGCAACUUGCAUUCCCAUCCGGCACCGCUACGGGCCAGUUGAUCUCCGUUUUGCACCAUCUCCCUCCGCCCGAGACUACCGUACGUCAUCGACGUGGCUAUAACGUGCUUGCAACCAGCGAAGACGACGAGGCGAUAGCCUAUGUCGCUGAAGCGGAUGAGGCGGACGCACUACAUGCGCCUGAGGCCGAGGUUGCGGAAGAGGAGGGCUGGGGCGCACUGUCCUGGAGUUUCGCCGCUUCAGGGAUAAUGACGCUUGCUGCUUACUUCUUCCCCGUAGUGUUCUCCGUGCCGCUCUUCGGCUCAUAUCUGGCAUCGGCGUGGCUAUGGACGUUCACGCCCAGUCUGUCGUACAUCGGCCAAGGCAUCAUCAUGGGGUUCCCCACGACGCUUAGUAUGAACCUUGGCAUGCUUGUCGGAUGGGGCGUUCUAUCUCCACUGGCCAAGCACUCGGGUUGGGCACCAGGACCCGUUGGUGACAUGACUACGGGCUCACGCGGCUGGAUCCUUUGGGUGUCCCUCGCGAUCAUGUGCUCGGAUAGCUUGGUCUCGCUCGUCCCCGUCAUCUAUGAGAUUGCAUAUACGAAGGUCUGGAAGGCUGCGAUCGGACUACGGGACGACGACUCACCGGCGAAGGAAAGCAAAGAGGUCGAGACGGACGACAGGCUGGUCCCAACGCAAUGGGUUUUGUGGGGUCUCGGAGGAAGCAUCAUAUCGGGCACGGCGCUGGUGUGGCUGGUCUUCGGACACGAGGGCAUCAAGCCGUGGGCGACCUUCAUUGGGUUCAUCAUGGGUGGGCUGCUUAGUGUCCUCGGUGUGCGCGCUCUAGGGGAGACGGAUCUCAAUCCUGUCAGCGGCCUCGGCAAGAUCAGCCAGCUCUUCUUCGCCUGGAUCCAGCCGGGCAACAUCGUGGCCAACAUUAUCGCCGGCGGCGUCGCUGAGGCCGGUGCGCAGCAGGCGGGCGAUCUUAUGCAAGACUUGAAGACGGGUCACCUUAUCCGCGCCUCGCCUCGUGCACAGUUCUUCGGGCAGUUGAUCGGCUCGUGCCUGUCGAUUGUCGUGACCACCACUGCAUACACCUUGUACCAGCGCGCGUACGAAAUACCAGGGCCUUCGUUCCCCGCGCCGACGGCAUACGUGUGGCUCGGUCUCGCGCGGCUGCUUCGCGACGGCGAGCUCCCGCAGAAGAGCGGCGAGUUCAUGGGCAUCUUCGCCGUCCUGUUCUCCAUCAUCGCAGGGUUCAAGACGUACGCCACUCGUGGGGGAUCGCCAUACGCGAAGUGGAUUCCGUCGGGCGUGGCGUUCGCGAUCGGCUUCCUCAACACGCCCUCGUUCUCGCUCGCACGGCUGAUCGGGGGUAUCGUCGAGCACGUCUACUACACGCGCGUCGGACGGGAGAAUGGAGGGAUCAAGCUGAUCAUCAUUGCAAGUGGGUUCGUGCUGGGCGAGGGGGUGGUGAGCGUCAUCUCGCUCGUGCUCCGCACUGCGGGUGUGGGCGUCGCGAGCUGCUGGGGCUGCGGCCACGGAAUGUGUGGCGGCUGUCCGGCGCUCUGAGGACCACUUCCACCUGGCGCUCCGGCUCUGGGCCCGUCGUGAAUCAACGACGUCUUCUGCAUGGGGUUCGAAGGUGGACGGCCUGCUCGGCUGAUGGAUAGAUGCUAGAGACGUGUACGAGUACAGUACCAGGUGCGAGCAUUGCCGAUUACCUCUCGUAUAGUAUUGCCUGGUUCUUCCUGCAGAAUGGGCGCACGAGCUACACAUCGCCCCAAUUGUCCUGCCACGGGCCGACUGCGCUGCGGGGCGAGAACACCGGGUCAUAGCGAUGAGAGCGGGGGCGAGACAUUCUUCCCUGCGUCGCACGCCAUUAGCAUGCAGAAGCUGUUGCUCAAACGUUCGUACCGUUCACAUUACCGGCAUUCGACCGACCAGAGGCGCCAAAAUCGACUUCGACGUCCGGUUGAUGCGCUCGCGUUCGUCGGCGCGAGAGAGAACAAUAGCCAAUGAGUAUCUUCGGAUAGCUCAGCUGCAGGAUAUGUCAAGGAGGUCCGGGAUCAGCGGAGCCGAGUCUACAUGGAG